GUGAGUGAUUUCUUCCCACUUUACGCUAUCUAGACUGCCAAUGCAAUUCUUUUCACAUUGCCUCACAUAUAUAUUUAUAAACUUGAAGAUUUCUGGUGGGUAACAAACAUUGGAGUUUAUCCAUUUGAUGCAAAUCUCACAUUACAUCCUUUGUAAGAAAAUAUGUCUUCUGAUCACCACACUGUUAGUCAUGCCCAUUGGAAGGGAGUAAGUGCCUUUCUUCGCUGUCUAUCUCUUGUUCUUAUCUUCCUCUUAUCGAUCUGUAAUGUGGAUGCAAGUGUUGGUAAAGAGCCAGAAACAGGGACAAUUAUAGUUCCUGUGAGAGCUCUAAACAUCAUCUGGGGCAACGAUAGUCGUUUUUGGCGGUUCCAGGACCUUCCAAGGGAUGAAACUAUGAUGAUAGGGUUGAAGGAAAGUGCAUGGCUGGUUCAAGUGAAUUGGAUAGAGGUGACAGGGAAAGUGCGAAAGUCUGACCUGCACAAGGAGCCUGGCUCAGUCACAAAAUAUGGUAUCUUUUACAUCAUCAAGUUCAGGGCUGAUGCAUUUGGGUGGCACUCUGUUCCUAUAAAGUUCAAAUUCAGACUCACCACCACGUCUGCAAAACAACAACCACAACCACACUACCACAGCACAGAUGAUAAUCUCACCAUUGAUAAAGAAGAUGAGAAGAGCAUCAUUCUGGAACCCUACAGAGAGAAGCAAGAGGUGUGGCAUGAAAUCCCAGCAGGCCAAUUCUCUGUCUCUAACUCUGAUGGCUUUCUUGAGUUUGGUAUGUUUGAAGUUGACAGUGCUUGGUGGAAGGGCAAUAUGGUCCUUGCAGGUGUCAAGAUCAAGCCCAUAUAAGCCUAAUCAUUACAUUAUCUAUCAUUAACUACCAUUCUCUCAAUGUUUAUUCCUGUAAUUAUAAGUGACAAGAAUGUGGUCUGGUUCAAUCUGCACACUGGUUUCACAAUCCUCUAGCUGUGCUGAGGUUGUUGUGUAAUUUCCCCAUUUUGUCUUUUGUAACGUUACAGUGAAAUAAAUCAUGUUGUUGGAUUUGUCCAAGACUGAUCACCUUAUAUGAGAAAUGUUAAUGGUUUCAUUCUUAU